AUGAAUCAAUUAGGCCUGAUAAUUGCCUGGUUAAGUGCAAUUUCUUCAUGUUUGGGAAUAAUUGUAUGUGUGAUUUUAUUAUUUUGGAUCAUGUUCUUGCUUGAAUGUAAAAUGCAAGUGAACAUGGAAAACAUAAACGUUGAUGAAAUCUAUAAAUUACAAGAACAGAGUGAAAAAAAAGAUUUAGUAAAUUUUUGCGAUGUGUCAGUUGGAAUUAGCGUCGUAGUCAUUCUGCUGGGGUUGGCACUAUGUGUAGGAUUAGCUUACAUUAGUUAUUUAUGUAUUACUGGCAUAAAAAUGCGUGACCAUUCUAAAGUCAAACCAUAUAUGAUCUAUUCAGCUAUUUGCGCAGUUAUAAGUUUUCUCAAUCUAUUAAGUUCCAUUGUGGGGCUCCAUACAUUAAUACAAGGCCUAUUUGGGACUCUUUUUAGUAUCUAUUUUUUCAUUGUUAUUUAUUCAAUUUAUGAAAGGUUCAGAUUUGAAAGAGAACAAGGAUAUGCUGUUCAGUAUAAUACUCCUGGUGCAACUCAAGUUCCUUUUCAGAACCCACCUCAGAACCCACCUCAAUAUCAGCCUCAAAAUGCUGGUCAAAGUUAUGGUUACAUUCCAGGAGAUCAAGUUUAA